AUGGAAGAAACUUUGGAUCAACUGAUUUGUGAUCUGGAUCAGUUCCGUUUACAAAAAAUUCAAAAUGAAUCCAUGUUCAAACAGCUAAACUCUAAUGAUAAAAAUGUCUUGAACUUAAUUCAAACAAAUAACUCAGAGUUAUCGGUCCAAAAGUACAACGGACUGUCUUGUGUUAUGUCUGAACUUGGAAGUAACAGACAGAAUAUCAUAAAGUUAAACUUAGACCAUCUGGAUAACAUUUUUAAUUUAAAAUCGCUAAGUGAAGAAGUGGACUCUCUAAGGUUACGAUAUCAAAGAGUUCUUCGGCAGCAUUUUCCUGAAGUCAGUGAAACUGGGUGCUUCGAUGAUACUAGUAUCAAAUCACUUGAACACACAAAGGAUUUGGGAAGAGAAUCGGAUAUAAAAUAUCUCUUGAGCGGAAGAUUGACUCAGGACCAAGUGGGCUUGCAAGUUACGCUUGAAGACCAAAUGGACAAGGAAGAAGCAAACUUGACGAGGGAACAUUUCAAACAAAUUGAGUUGUGCAUUAUAAACCAGGUUGAAAAAUUGCUCACCACGCUUGAUCAGUGUCGGGAUCCCGAUAAGAUAAAGAUCAACAGGCUGAAAAAUUCAGUAAUUGACACGUCUUGCACGUUCAUUGAGUACAUCCAGUCACAUGUAGACGAUGCCAAGUAUUACCCCUCGUUCUAUAAUAAUCUAGCUCAGUUGAGCCGAAUAAAAUCUAGAAUAUCUUUGGAGUAUGGAGAAUUGAAAAAUUGUGUCCUCACAGAAACGCAAUUACAACAACUCGAAUCAAAGUCUUGGGGUAUUCUGAUUAAAUGUUUACAAGUCACACUCAAGGACACCGAUUUGGAACAAAAAGGGUCAGAACUUCGUCUUACAGCCUCGCAAGCCCGAGUGUUGGGUCAAGCGUAUGCACAAAUGGCGCAUAUACUGCUGGAGAGAGCGUCCCGGACCAUGAAGCAGCAAUCGACAGCCAACUACCCGUACUUAGACUCAAUUUUGACCCUGGCAAGCUAUCUCUUAUAUCUUUCGGGCAAUUUUGGGAACAUUGUUUCCAAAGUUGUCAGUAUCAAUGUGAACCCAUAUGCCAAACUAUGCCAGGGGGUGUUCAGAGAGUCGUUGCUGAGAGAAAUGACUGAUGUUUAUAUCAAUUCAUGUGAGUCCAGAGAAAAGGUUCCAACCACUUGCCUCAUGGACGGUGGAUGA